GGGGACCCGAGUGCUUAUUAAUAAACAAGAGCAUUGUGUGGCGUCCCAUUCACAGCCUUCUCAGGGGACAUGGUGGGCUUGCGAUAACAGAGCCCUGUUUGUGCCAGGAGGGCUGGGGAGGUGGCACGUGGGAGGUGGCGAGGAGCAGGGAAGCUGCAAGCUAUUUUGACUCCACCGAGGGCCGGGCUGCCGUGUUUGCUCUGCGGCAGGCGGCCAAGGGGAAGGCCUAGCUAGGAAUUCGCUCAGGCCUGCGUCUGCCCCCCUCGGUGGCUGAGAGCACGCCUUGCUUUCCGUCCCACCUGUCCCCAUGGAGGGAGACUGAGCAGGCUCUGGGUGGACUGGCCGCCUCCCCCCGGACGGCUGGGAUGCUUGCCUCUGCCCUGUCCCUUGGCCUCCUGUACCCGCCCGCUGCCUCCUUCCAGGUUGACUGACUUCUGUGCAGUUUGGGACGCUGGAGUUCUCCUUGUCUCUGCAGCCGGGAAGGGAGCCCCCUCUGGCGUUACGGGAAGGAGGCUGAAUGAGUCAGAGACGCUGAACUCCGUCCGGGAGGCUCAGUUCCAACAACUGGAGGCAGCGAGACCUCGCGGGCCGGGGCGCGGGGCGCGAGGCCUGGUGCUCAGGAUGGCCGGGCAGCCGCCGCCCUGGGCCUACACAGCCGUCCUCCUCUGCGCGCUCAGCCUCGGCGGGGCCAUCGAGAUCCCCAUGGACCCAAGCAUUCAGAAUGAGCUGUCCCAGCCCCCGACCAUCACCAAGCAGUCCGUGAAGGACCACAUUGUAGAUCCCCGUGACAACAUCUUGAUUGAGUGUGAAGCCAAGGGGAACCCUGCCCCCAGCUUCCACUGGACGCGCAAUAGCAAGUUCUUUAACAUCGCCAAGGACCCCCGGGUGUCGAUGAGGAGGCGGUCCGGGACGCUGGUGAUCGACUUCCGCAGUGGCGGGCGGCCAGAGGAGUACGAGGGGGAGUACCAGUGCUUUGCCCGCAACAAAUUUGGCACGGCCCUGUCCAAUCGGAUUCGCCUGCAGGUGUCCAAAUCCCCCCUGUGGCCCAAGGAAAACCUCGACCCUGUCGUGGUUCAAGAAGGUGCCCCCUUGACGCUCCAGUGCAACCCCCCACCUGGGCUUCCAUCCCCGGUCAUCUUCUGGAUGAGCAGCUCCAUGGAGCCCAUCAGCCAAGACAAGCGUGUCUCGCAGGGCCAUAACGGGGACCUGUAUUUCUCUAAUGUGAUGCUGCAGGACAUGCAGACAGACUACAGCUGCAAUGCCCGCUUCCACUUCACCCACACCAUCCAGCAGAAGAACCCAUUCACCCUCAAAGUCCUGACCAACCACCCCUAUAAUGACUCGUCCUUAAGAAACCACCCUGACAUGUACAGUGCCCGAGGAGUUGCAGAGAGAACACCCAGCUUCAUGUAUCCCCAGGGCACUGCGAGCAGUCAGAUGGUGCUGCGUGGCAUGGACCUCCUACUGGAGUGCAUCGCUUCCGGGGUCCCCACACCAGACAUUGCAUGGUACAAGAAAGGUGGGGACCUGCCAUCUGACAAGGCCAAGUUUGAGAACUUCAACAAGGCCCUGCGCAUCACCAACGUGUCUGAGGAAGACUCUGGGGAGUAUUUCUGCCUGGCCUCCAACAAGAUGGGCAGUAUCCGGCACACGAUCUCGGUGAGAGUGAAGGCUGCUCCCUACUGGCUGGAUGAACCCAAGAACCUCAUCCUGGCUCCUGGCGAGGAUGGGAGACUGGUGUGUCGAGCCAAUGGGAACCCCAAGCCCACGGUCCAGUGGAUGGUGAACGGGGAACCUUUGCAAUCGGCACCGCCCAACCCCAACCGUGAGGUGGCCGGGGACACCAUCAUCUUCCGUGACACGCAGAUCAGCAGCCGGGCCGUGUACCAGUGCAACACCUCCAACGAGCACGGCUACCUGCUGGCCAACGCCUUCGUCAGCGUGCUGGACGUGCCGCCUCGGAUGCUGUCGCCCCGGAACCAGCUCAUCAGGGUGAUCCUGUACAACCGGACCCGGCUGGACUGCCCGUUCUUUGGGUCUCCCAUCCCCACGCUCCGAUGGUUUAAGAAUGGACAAGGAAGCAACCUGGAUGGUGGCAACUACCACGUCUAUGAGAACGGCAGUCUGGAGAUCAAGAUGAUCCGGAAAGAGGACCAGGGCAUCUACACCUGUGUUGCCACCAACAUCCUGGGCAAAGCAGAGAACCAGGUCCGCCUCGAGGUCAAAGACCCCACGAGGAUCUACCGGAUGCCUGAGGACCAGAUCGCCAAGAGGGGCACCACGGUGCAGCUGGAGUGCCGCGUGAAGCACGACCCCUCCCUGAAGCUCACGGUCUCCUGGCUGAAGGACGACGAGCCGCUCUACAUCAGCAACAGAAUGAAGAAGGAGGAGGAUUCCCUGACCAUCUUCGGCGUGGCCGAGCGGGACCAGGGCAGCUACACGUGCGUUGCCAGCACUGAGCUGGACCAAGACCUGGCCAAAGCCUACCUGACCGUACUAGCUGAUCAGGCCACUCCAACUAACCGUUUGGCUGCCCUUCCCAAAGGACGACCGGACCGACCCCGGGACCUGGAGCUCACCGACCUGGCUGAGAGAAGCGUGAGGCUGACCUGGAUCCCAGGGGACGACAACAACAGCCCCAUCACAGACUACGUCGUCCAGUUUGAAGAAGACCAGUUCCAGCCAGGGGUCUGGCACGACCAUUCCAAGUUCCCGGGCAGUGUCAACUCAGCUGUGCUCCGGCUGUCACCCUACGUCAACUACCAGUUCCGGGUCAUCGCCAUCAAUGAGGUGGGCAGCAGCCACCCCAGCCUCCCAUCUGAGCGCUACCGAACCAGCGGAGCACCCCCCGAGUCCAACCCCUCUGAUGUGAAGGGAGAGGGGACCAGGAAGAACAACAUGGAGAUCACGUGGACGCCCAUGAAUGCCACCUCCGCCUUCGGCCCCAACCUGCGCUACAUCGUCAAGUGGCGGCGGAGAGAGACCCGCGAGACCUGGAACAACGUCACCGUGUGGGGCUCCCGCUACGUGGUAGGGCAGACCCCCGUCUAUGUGCCCUACGAGAUCCGAGUCCAGGCUGAAAAUGACUUUGGGAAGGGCCCUGAGCCGGACACCAUCAUCGGUUACUCUGGAGAAGAUUAUCCCAGGGCUGCACCCACAGAUGUUAAAAUCCGAGUCCUGAACAGCACCGCCAUCAGCCUUCAGUGGAACCGCGUCUACUCCGACACGGUCCAGGGCCAGCUCAGAGAAUAUCGAGCCUACUACUGGAGGGAGAGCAGCUUGCUGAAGAACCUGUGGGUGUCUCAGAAGAGGCAGCAAGCUGGCUUCCCCGGCGACCGCCUGCGUGGUGUGGUGUCCCGCCUCUUCCCCUACAGUAACUACAAGCUGGAGAUGGUUGUGGUCAAUGGGCGAGGCGAUGGGCCUCGCAGUGAAACCAAGGAGUUCACCACCCCGGAAGGAGUACCCAGUGCCCCCAGGCGUUUCCGAGUCCGGCAGCCCAACCUGGAGACAAUCAACCUGGAAUGGGAUCAUCCAGAACACCCCAAUGGGAUCCUGAUUGGAUAUACUCUCAAAUACGUGGCCUUUAAUGGAACCAAAGUAGGAAAGCAGAUAGUGGAAAACUUCUCUCCCAAUCAGACCAAGUUCAUGGUGCAAAGAGCAGACCCCGUGUCGCGCUACCGCUUUUCCCUCAGUGCCAGGACGCAGGUGGGCUCAGGGGAAGCAGUCACGGAGGAGUCGCCAGCACCCCCGAAUGAAGCCACGCCAACCGCAGCGCCUCCCACGUCGCCCCCGACCACGGUGGGCGCGCCCGGCACGGCGAGCAGUACCGAUGCCACUGCCGCCGCCGCCGCCACCGAAGCCACAACAGUCCCCACCGUCCCACCUACCACCACCGCCACCACCGAAGCCACAACAGUCCCCACCGUCCCACCUGUCGCACCUACCACCACCGCCACCACCGAAGCCACAGCCUCCACCGCCACCACCACCACCACGGAGAGUCCCGCCACCACCUCCAGGACUGAGAUCCAAGAAUCCGCCCCCGACGAGCAGUCCAUCUGGAACGUCACUGUGCUCCCCAACAGUAAAUGGGCCAACAUCAGCUGGAAGCACAAUUUCGGGCCCGGAACUGACUUUGUGGUUGAGUACACCGACAGCAAUCAUACGAAAAAAACUGUCCCUGUUAAGGCGCAGGCCCAGCCCGUACAGCUGACAGACCUCUAUCCCGGGAUGACAUACACGUUGCGCGUUUAUUCCCGGGACAACGAGGCCAUCAGCAGCGCCGCCGUCACCUUUAUGACCAGUGCAGCCUACACCAACAACCAGGCGGACAUUGCCACCCAGGGCUGGUUCAUCGGGCUCAUGUGCGCCAUCGCCCUGCUGGUGCUGAUCCUGCUCAUCGUCUGUUUCAUCAAGAGGAGUCGCGGCGGCAAGUACCCCGUGCGAGAAAAGAAGGAUGUGCCCCUUGGCCCUGAAGACCCCAAAGAAGAGGAUGGCUCCUUUGAUUACAGUGACGAGGACAACAAGCCCCUGCAGGGCAGCCAGACGUCCCUGGACGGCACCAUCAAGCAGCAGGAGAGCGACGACAGCCUGGUGGACUAUGGCGAGGGCGGCGAGGGCCAGUUCAACGAGGACGGCUCCUUCAUCGGCCAGUACACGGUCAAGAAGGACAAGGAGGAGACGGAGGGCAACGAGAGCUCGGAGGCCACGUCACCAGUCAACGCCAUCUAUUCUCUGGCCUAGCGGAGCCUUGCAGGCACAGCCGCUACUCCGCAAGCAGGAGGGGGAAGGGGGGAGAUGAGCCGCUGCAGACCUGCCCCAGAGCCGCCACCACCUUCAGGGACGGGGGGGACAGCAUGAGAGGCUGCCAAGCUGCGAGGGUCGGCGACCGCCCAGCCGACUGCAAGCCCCCUCCCGAUGACCCCCCUGGUGCCACCUGUGGGCAAGCUGCUGCCUCGGCUCAGCUCCGCCGGAGGGAGCCCCGGUGUCUCGCUCAGCCUCACGGUCACCCCAGGCCUCCACCACACUGCCCACCCUGACCUCCACACACACACACACACACACACCAGGUUUCUGCUGGUUACCGUCCUUCUCGUUGUCUCUGUUUUUGCUCCGUGAGUCUUCCCCCUCAGACCCAACAUGUCCAUUUUCUUUUCCAUUUGAAGAAAUGUCCCUGGAAAAAGAAACAAUAGGCGGAUUCUCCCCCAGGAAACUGCAAGAUAAGCAAAAAGGAUUGAUCUGUAAGCGAACAUACAGAAGAGCUAUAGUAUUCAAACCGCUGCUGGGCCCAUGUAUUUCCCAAGGAUGCCUUUCUCAUCACAUGCCUCCCCCGGCCCCCAACCCCUCUGCCUCAACCUUGUCAGCUGCUGAGCUGGGCUUGGCGCCUUUCUGGGAAACGACAGUAUUUUUGGCAGGGAGGGAGAGGGGGUCAGGCCUCCUUGCCUGGCUCUGGUUCAGCUGGGGGGGUGGGCUUACCUCUUGCUCCUCACUCUCACCCUGCCCCUUGCUCUGGAGCAUCCGAGACAAAAGCUGUGCUGACUGAAGGAGUCUGAGGAACAGGAGUGGGCACCAAGGCGAAGGACUUUGGCUCCUGUGACCGUGUACCUCAAGCAGAGGGAAGCCAGGCGUCUGGUCCCUGGGGAGCCGUGCCCACCUCGAGAGAGAAGGGAAGGGCUGGGUUUGGACUGCCUUCCUCCUCAUCAGUGAGACUCAGGCUGUGGGGCAGAGGACCGCGCCCCCCGCAUGCAGGGUGGGGGCUGCCCCGCACCGGGUCAGGGCCUGUGCUGCUGCCCCCGGGAGACGGACCCCACGGUGCGAAGGCUGUGCUGGUGUGCCUGGGGGUGGAUCUGCACUCCCCUUGCGUGUCUGGCAGGUAGCCUCUCCUCGGUCGGCUCUGUGUGACAGUGGAUCUGGUGUUUUAUGGUGUGUGGAUGGGGCGCGGCUACCCCCAGGACCGAGCCUGCGAGUCCGUUCCUUAGGGUGUUCACGUAUCAGGAGCCCCCGCAGGACCGCGGUACUUGGUGCUGCAGAGCAGGGCCUGGCAGCGCUCUUCCUAUGCCUUACGCAGCUCUGACCUGUCCCUGCAGUUCCCAGGUCCGCAGCCCCUCCCUGCAAGCCUUGAAGCCUCCAGUGACACCUGUCUCAAGGAGAGCGGGGCGGCCUAUGCAAGCAUCCCAGCAGCACCCGAAGCAGCCACUCAAAACAUGCCCCAGAUGGAGACACUCGAAGACCUGUGGUUCUCAGAGACCCAGGGCUCUGCCUUUAUCCUCCCCACCUAUUCCAUUUUGAAACCAAAGGUACCUAGCCUCAGAGAGAGAAAUCUUGAGCCUAAGGGUAGCCCUUCAGCUGUUGCUGCAGCUAGAGUUGCUUUUAGGAGGGUGGAGCUGACCCCCAGAGUGGACCGCCUGCCACAGACACAGUCUCUGCAGGGAGCUUCUGGCUGCUUGCCAGGGCACCUAGGCAGGAGCAGCACUGUGUCCUUCAGAGACCUUAUUCAAGCCUCGUUUGCCACACGUUUAAGCCACAAAGGUAUUAGCAAUGCUUACGUCACUUACUGGUCAGGUGAAGGUCAAGCCCCUAGACACGGGCACUCGGUCUGCGGAUAAGGAAAGGCAGCCCCGAGCCACCCCAGCUGUGCUGUUUGAGCCUGAGGGCAGGCAGCUCUCCACUGGCCCAGGCCGCGGGAGGUGUGCGAGCAGGAGGCCUGGAUGGGCUCUUGUGGUCAGAGCGAAAGGGUGACCGACAGGGGCUGAGGAGCCAGCUCAGGGGCGCCUUCCCGGGCACUCACGCCCCCACCUGCCUGGAUGCCGCUGCGCGUUCCCGGAGCCUGGGCAGGGAAUGGCAGGGAGGUGUGCCUGUGAGCUGGAUUUCUCGGAAACGCUCUGGAUCUGAGCAGAGCAGUCGUUUCUCAGGCCUUCACUCCACACCGCACUGUGUGCACUCAGCGCGCUGGAGGCGAGCUCUGCAGGCGGGGUGGGCGCCGAGCUGUCAUCAAAGCAUCCCCUGCCUCAGGAAAGCCCUGCACACGACCGAUGACGGGAAGGGGUUCUGCUCCCGGGGCCUCGGGGGGCGGGACCUCUCAGCUGUGUCCUGCCAGGCUUGCCCUCCCUGUGUGUGAAGGCAGUGCCGCCAGCCGCCUUGCACUGCUGCGCUGAGAGCCACACACCACGUGCCCGCCACCCUCCUGGCAGGCAGGGCCAGGUCGUCCCGAGCGAAGACGGCAGGGGCCCAGAGGGCUCUGUGGGCCGCAGGCUUAGGCCGAGGAGAGUCCAUCUUCCGCGGAGCCCGCGCCAGAGCCCACCCAGCUCAGCCGGAGAGCAGUAUUGUCCAACGCUCCCUGCCAAGCAGGGUGCUCAAGAGCCACCCCAAACAUACCCACCGCAAUGCCAGGAGAGCUCCACCACCGGAGCUAAGGCCUGCCUGGCCGGGGGCAGGGGAGGGGGCGGAAGUGUAGGCCGUUUCCGGCUCCGGAAACCCCCGGCCUGAGCCCCCGUCCGCCCGCGGGGCUCAGCCAUGGCGUCUCCUCCUCUCAGCCGUCUGUCCAUCCCUCCGCUCCGCAGAUGCUCGGGAGCAGCUGGCCUGAGCCCUGGAGACCGCGGUGACGGGCAGCCGCGGCCCCUGUCCUCAGCGCUGAGUAUCGUGACAGGCGGUGUUGACGGGAGCGCUCUGCAUGCUCGAGCCACCCGUGGCUGUAGGUUGAAGGGAAGGUCCUUGCGGGGAUAGCUUGCUUCCCCAUUCUGGGCCGGAUGGCAACGGUCCUCUUGGGUCGCUGUGCUCUGCACUUGAGGCAGGCUGCUUGACUUGUCUGUAUUUCGGUGCCUCUGUCUCCCCUAGUCAGUCCCUCCUCUGAAAACCUGUCCCCACAGAGGGGCAUGAGCCCAGCUAAAGGAGCGGGUGCCAGUCUCUAGGAAGCACACUGCAGGGCUGGGGGACAGUGCCUGCCCCUUGGCCGGGGUCGUGGUGAACAGACCUCUUCGCCCCUUGCCUUGCUUUUGAGGAAAUGGUUGAGCUUACAUUUGUCCCCGUCCAUCGCCUUGGCCCCCUUCCCAGCAAGUCCUGAGGCCUAGAGAAACGUUCGCCUGUCUGAGAGGCUGCCGGGGUCACGACUGCUCUCACCACGAGGACUUCUGUGGCCUGGGCCCAGAGAGUACCUUCAUGAUUUCCCUGAACACAGUUAGCCUUAGAAGAGGGCUGGAAACAGAUCCGUGGAUGUUUGUGGCUUUUCCAGCCAAGGGAGGGCCUCCCCUGCUCACACUCAGCACCCGCACGGACAUGCACAUGCAGGCUGAGGCCCCAUCGCCGGGCAGCACUAUCAGGAGGAACAAUACAAAGCGUGACCUUGUCUGGAAGAGGCUGAGUCCACUCCCAGAUGCGGAGAUGAAGUGUGAAGGGCUGUGGGGAAGUGUGUUGGAAGUGUUGGGGCAGCGGUCGGAGGCUGCCCGUGCCGGACCCCAUCUGGGUGAUUCCUGUGGGCAAACCCAGGACAGAGUCUGAUCCAAAGGAGAGGGAUUUCUCCCGGGGAACAACACGGGCUGCAGCUCUCCAAGGCUCCUGGAGCCCUCUGCAGGAUCAAGGCCAAGUCACAGAGCACCCCCAAAAGCCGUGUGACGAGAGCGGUGGGGGUUUCCCACCCUCGCCUCAGUCUUUGCGAGGCUGCUCUGCUAAGGGCUGAAGGGAGGAGGCUUCCUGGCCUCUCAGCUCGGGGGCGGGAGGGCAUCUCCGUGGGAGGACGCAGCGCACGCUCCGUUUGUGAUGCCUCGGUCACUCCGCCAGCAGCCGCAUACACGCCGGCCCGUGCUGUGAUUCGGUCCCCAGGAAAAAAACCAGUCUGAGGAUCCUGGUUGAUCACUACAUGGUGGGCUUAGGAGGUGCAUAGAGGGAGAUCCUUGAUUAAAAUAAAUCAGAGGAGUCAACAAAUAAAGCAAAGAGCUUGAAAUUAUGGAAGGACAGUCAGUGGCCUUUGCAGAGCCCAACUCCUGGGCAGCCCCUCUUCAGGACAGGCAGGGGCCACCAGUGGGAGUUCACGCCGAACUAUGGCUGUGCCCAGCCUGCCCAGCUUACCUUCCCUCCGCUACUGAGAACAGGUUCUGAGAAGGGACAGGGAAAGGAGGACAGCCAUCCAGGGAAGCUGCCAGACCCCACCACACGGAGUCUCAAGCCAAAACCAGUGCCCCCUACUGGUCUGUUAGUAUUAAAUGGUGGUUUCAUCAUAAUAAGGAUGGAAGUGAAAUAGAUACAAAGCUUAAACAGGAUCAGAUUUCAGCAUGCAGAGGAACCACAGAGCUGAUCUGAUUGAAAUGACUCAUUGUACGGUCAAAUCCAGAGAGGAGAAGGGACUGUCCGCAGUCACACAGCUGGUAAAUCGAGGUGAGGUCCGGCCUUGAACUCGGGCCCUCUGACUCCUUGUGCAGUGUUCUUUCAUCUCAGCACAGCUGGAAACAGCGGUGUUCCCGCCGUGGACACAGUGAUGUUCCUUAAGAUCUGGCCCACAUUCUUUUCUGCUUCUCCCACAUGCCCUUAUACCUCCACAAAUGAAAUCACAGGAUUUUUCUGAGUCCCAGAUCAGUCAGUCUGCCAGCCCGUGGUGAACCGGUUGUGCUAUUCAGGAGAGACCCAGGCCAGGAGAAGAGGGACCAGCUGAUUGGUGUUUGUCACCACGAAGCUCUCCCCUCGGGUGGCAUCUCUUGCCCCCAGCAUACUGCGUCCCCGCGAGAGGGGGCCUGGUGGGCUCUGUGCCCUCCACCCUGGCCACGGAGGCCUAUGGGCUCUGUGCCCUCCACCCUGGCCACAGGGCGCCGGAGGGAAGCGGGGCCGUGGAAGUUCUGCCCCCAGAUCUGCUGGGCUGGCGUGCAGCCCAUGCAAAGACUUCAGUGAAGCAAUAAACACAAAACUCCGGGAGACGAAAUGCAGGGUUUUGUGCACGUCUCUUGUUUCUCUUAAAGAGGAUGCAGGUCGGACGACUGCCCUGUUCUCCUUUCUGACUCCCAGACUCAGUGUUCUCAGUCAGCUGUCCCCUGCCCGGCUCCCAGCUCUGUGCCAGCCUUGCGCCCUCCUGCUCUGAGCACCGGUCACCUGUGACGUGGCCGCUCUGUCCUGCCCCUCCCUCCCCCACACUGGGCCGCAGGGACCUCUGGCCCCGCAGCCUCCCCAGCACACACAUUUUCCAGUUUGUUCCGUUCAGCGGGGAAAUCUUUUCCAAAUGUUUCCAUCUCUUCCCACAUACCCACACACCCACAAGUUGGUCUGAUCUUUUUUUCCCAUUGGUUAAAUAUUUUCACUCACCAUGGCACACCUUGUUUUAACCCCUCUCACAUCAUGUUCUUUCCUUUUUUCGAGUUAUUUUGCAUUAACCAACCUUGUCAGCGACAGAUGCGUAUCUGAGGGUGUCAUGCUCGACCUUCAGCAGGGAAGGCUUCUGGGCCAUGGAGGACCAUCUAAUACGUGGACUUAUAAACUGGCUGCAUGAACAAUGGAAAGGCCAAAUUAUUCAGAAUUUUUUUUUGAAUCACUGUAAAAAAAAAAAAAACUGAUUUCUUUUGUAUAGAGAACACUAAACGUAUAAUAAAAGUUGUUCACAAUGGA